AUGCAAAAAGGUGAAGCUCUAUUAAUUUUGAAGAAAUAUACAUCUGAGGAGGAUUGUCUAUUUUGUUAGAAAUAUGGAAGAGUAACAACAGAUAAAAUAAAUUUUGCUCCUCUUUUGAAUCGAGUAAGAAAUAAUAAAAUUGGCAAAUAGGCUUUGUACACUAAAUAUUCUUAAUCUUAAUGGAAUGGUAAAAAAUUUGAAGAUCUAUUUUGUACAAAAUCAGUAUCAUGGGUGAUUUAAUUCAAAGACAAAUUAACAUUUGAAGAUUAUGAUGAAUUUCUAAAAAGGUAUGAAAAAGAGAAGAAUUUAUAUAAAAUAGGUUUUAUCCAAAGAGUGAUUAACCAUAGAAGUUUGAUUAAUUGUUAGAAUAUUAUAAGUAUCACAAAGAUAUUCCUAGAAUGUUUAUGCCAAGAGUUUCUGAUUUGGCAAUCUAUUUUUAUGAAAAAAAAAAGUAUAUUUUUAAUGAAUUUAAACAUUAGAUAAAUUGAAUAUAGAAAGAUAAAAUUUAUGUUGGGCAUUCCUGUUGAAGAUGCUAGUAAUUAUACAUGUAAUAAUAAAGAAAUAAUUAGAAUGUGAGAAGUUAAAAGAAGAUUUUAGAGUAUUGAAUAGCAUAACAUAGCAAACAUAAGUAUCAAGUCUUUCUGUAUUAAGAGAAAUCUUAAAAUCUAAAGCUAGUGAUGAAAUAAUAGUAAAAUAUAAAACAAUAAUAUAGAAUAUUGAUGCAACUUGGAUUACAAUGACCUAAUAAUAACAAUCAAAAUCUUAACAUCCCCCUAACUUAAAAUUACUUAAAUAACUUAUAUCCAAAAAUCCUCAAUUCAACAAAGAAAAAUAAAAUAUUUAUGUUACAGGAAUUAGUAAAGGUGCAAUUUAAAAUUCUCCAUAACACAAAGGACAUCUAAAAACAUUGAGUAAAGAUACUUCCCAAAAAUCAUUAGUUUCAUCCAAUAAAAUAAUUAAUAAUAGUAAUGGAGAUACAGAUUUAUAGAAAUUUUUAAAAUAACAAAUUCUAACAACAAAUCAUGCUAAUCCAUGUAUAUCUAGUUCUAAACAAUCAAGUAAAGCUAAUCAUAUAUCAAAUUAUCAAUCUAAAUAAAAUAGCAUUCACUAUAUUACUAGUACUAGAAGUAUAUCUUCAGAAUAACUAAAAUUAAUUCAAUAAUAAUAACCUUUAAAAUAAAGUAAUAGUCCUAAUCUAAUUAUUCCAACACAUAAAAAAAGUUAAACACAAACACAUUAUACAGAGAUUAAUUCUCCUAAUAAACAUUAAAAAUAACUCUCUGUCAAAAUGCAUACAAAUGUAGGAUAAGAUCUAAAAUAAUAAUUAACUCACACUAAAUCCUCAGAAAAACUCUUCAAAAUUUAUACAUCAUAAUCAUCUGUUCCUUUAUCAGCAAAUAUCAAUAUUAAUAUAAAUCAACUUAAUAUGAAUAAUUUAAAUAUUAAGACUCCCUUUUAAUAAUAUAAAGCUAUGCUUGAAAGUCCUAAAAUCAAUACAAAAUAAAAAACAUAGUCAAACAUUGAAACUUAAAGAAUUACUAGUGCUUAAAAGAGUAAUAGUUCUUAGAAAAAAACCUAAAUCUCCGUUUAAUAGUUAUAUGUCUAAAAAAUCAAAACUAAAAAUAAAAUUAUGAAAAAAUGA